AGGGAACCAUAACGUUGUAACGCCCGUGUCACAGACAGAAGCAACGUCUAGCCUCUACUGUUGGAUAAAGGCCCUCCCCAAAAUGCCGGCUGCAGUCAUUGUUCUUCUAGGUUUCUUGACGUUGCCGACCUUUGCUGAAGAGGUAGGAAUAGAGGAGGGUUCCUGCUCCAAAUACUUCAACAACAACAUCACGGUUGUUGCAUCACCCGGGCCCACUGGACUAAAGGGGGACGUGGGGCCACGAGGUGACGUCGGAACGCCAGGAGAGAAGGGCACGCGGGGUGCUCCAGGUAAGCAGGGUCCUGUCGGACGGAGAGGUGAGAAGGGAGACAAAGGAGAACAGGGUUCAGCAGGUGAGAAGGGUUCACCUGGCGACAGCCCACCUGUGUCACCCGCCGUGGCCUUUUCAGUGGUACAAAUGACCAGCCUUGACCUCCCUCCAGACACAACGAAGUCCGUCGUCCUUAGCAACGUGGGCGGGGCUUAUCACCAGGAGACCGGGAGGUUCGAGGCGGAGGUGGGCGGUCUCUACUUCUUCACCUUCACCGCCAUGACGGAGGACUUCAGCGACGGUCGCUUGUGGAUCUAUCUGACGAAGAACGGCGAGCACAUGGUCGGACUGCACAAGAACAACAGCGGAAAGGGGAACAGAGAGUCGGGCAGUACCAGCGCCGUGCUGCAGCUCCAGCCUGGGGACGCCGUGUGGGUGGAGUUUGAUGCCGGCAGCUGGUCCAACAGUGGGGAAAGGCACCUCACCUUCAGUGGGUACCUCAUCCACGCCGCCUGAAACUAUCAUAAGGCCAUGUUGAUCUGAUUAUAUGGAUGACAUCCG